AUGAGCUCCAACGUCCGUUCCCUUUCCGCCAUUAUGGCGGCGGCCAUGCUGGCGCCCCUCGCCGCCGCGGCCCCGGAAUACUGCCCCCUCGAGGUCCGCACUGCGACUGUCACCGCGUGCUUUACCAACACCGGGGCUCCGGUCAAGCCGACCUGCGACGUUGCCUGCCCUACUCCUGUUGCAAAGCCCAACGACGACGGCCCCAUCCAGGUGUAUGUGCAGGCACCAAAGUGUGACAGCUGCGGCUGUGACUCGUGUGCCCACACAAACGUGUACACCACCACUUACGACGCCUUCUGCCCCACUGGUCUCUCCAAGCAAGAAUACGUCGUCACCGAGGUCUACGCCGGCAUGUCUGCGAAGCCCAGCGUGACUGCUGCCCCCAAGGUGCCCUUCGGUUUCGCCGUCGAUGUUAAGACCUGCAACGACCCACCGGCGCCCCUGCGGGUUCCCCGGCAUACGCCGUUUGGGCUGACAAUUCUGGUGGUGGGCCUGGAAAACCCGGCCAGCCUGGCCCUGGCUCCGGCCCCGGAUAUCCUGGUCAGGCUGGUGCUCAGGCUGGUGCUCAGGCUGGAGCUCAAGCAGGGGCUCAAGCAGGGGGAGACUCAAAAGGACCUGGCUGGAACCAAGGAGGCGCUCAGGCAGGCGCGCAAGCAGGCGCGGCUGCCGGGGCCGCUGCCGGGGCCGGUGCAAACGGCGCUCAAGGCGGCGCUCAAGCUGGUGCUCAAGCCGGUGCUGCCGCAGGUGCCCAGGCGGGCUCAGGUCCAUCCGGCGCUCAAGCAGGCGCUCAAGCAGGGGCUCAAGCAGGAGCUGCUGCCGGAGCGGCCGCGGGAGCCGGCUCGAACCAGGUUGGCGCUCAGGCGGGCGCGGGCGCUGGGGCCGCUGCUGGGGCCGACUCAAAAGGACCUGGCUCAGCGGCGAUCGCAGGAGCAGGAGCAGGAGCAGGAGCAGGAGCGUCGGCGAAUGCUGGACCUGGAGCUCCCGUACCGCCCAACAAGGACAACAACGCGUCCCCUCCGGCACCACCGCCCAAGGAUGGGUCGAACCCUCCCCCCCCUCCUCCCGCUCAGCCAACAGGCUCGUCAGGCAAGGUGCAGGUUUCCGCUGCUCGCCCUGCCUUUGUCGCAAUAA